AUGGCCGCUCUCUCGAUCAAGCCGCCCGCCUUCGUCCUCCCCGGCCAGCACCUAGGCCCGGCGAACAUGUUCAUCCCCGGGCCCGGGACGCACCUGCAGCACGCGCAGCUCUACUCGUCGCUGCUCGGCGUCGUGCACCUCCAGCAGCCCGCGAGGCCCGCGGGGCCGGCCAAGAGGCCCAACCGCAUCGCGAUACUGCCCGCCGCAGAGCUGCCGACCAUCUCGGUCACGCGGGCGUCGGGGUCGGGGUCGGGGUCGGAGAGGCGCGAGGUGCUGCCCGAGGUCGGCAAUGUCGUGCUGUGCCGGGUGACGCGCAUCAACCCGCGGCAGGCGACGGUGGCGAUCCUCGUCGUCGGCGAGACGGUGCUCGAGGCCGAGUGGCAGGGCUUGAUCCGCGUGCAGGACGUGCGGGCGACGGAGAAGGACAGGGUCAAGAUCUACGAGAGCUUCCGGCCCGGCGACAUUGUGCGCGCGCGCGUGAUCUCGCUGGGUGACCAGGCCAACUACUACCUCUCGACGGCCCACAACGAGCUGGGCGUCAUCAUGGCCACGAGCGAGGCGGGCAACGCGAUGUACCCAGUCAGUUGGAAGGAGUAUAGGGAUCCUGAAACGGGGUUGAGCGAGGCUCGAAAAGUGGCAAAGCCCAACUGA